AAAUGCUUAAAAUUGUUUGCAUUUUUGCCCUUGUCCUCGUUGCGACUUGUGAGGCCCAAAGAUGUCGCCCGGUUUGUAAUCCCAAAGUUCGUAGUCCAGCCAUUUGUGCUGCCGAUAAUCAACAGAAAGAAUGUUUCCGUAUGAGUCAAUGUCAAUUGGAUGAGGAAAAUUGUCGUCGCAAGGCUGCCAGGCGACCAACCAUUUCGAAUGUUGAUCCCAUACGUUGUCGUAACAUUAGAGCGCCAAAUGGUAAAGGUAAAUGUGCCCCUCCACCACGUCGUCCACGUUCAACAAAACCGGAUUGUAAUCGCCUGAAAUGUCGUAAUCCCAGUAAGGUCUUAAGGUGUUAUCGUUGCAAGAAGAAUAUGUGUCAACUGUUGACUCCAUGCCAAUUGGAACGCGUUAAUUGCCUACGCGGUCGUUCGAAUAGAUUAACUUGGACUGAUACUCGUCGAUGUGCCGGCAUGAAGGGUGGACAAAAAUUACAAAGAUGCAAGGCUAUUCGUAAGAAGAGUGGAUAA